UUAACUAAUUAGAGUACAAGGGACCAGUUACAUGUACAUUGAUACAAGUUCUUGUGAUCAUCGUUUCUAAUUAAAAACUGCAUUAGUGGGAAGGUGACAACAAUAUAAAUGUAAAUAAAUAAAAUAAUUAAUAAAAACACAUUAGCAAAUGGUUUCAUAUUUUUUUUUUAACACCCACACGUUAUGUUUUAGCAAAUGAGCAGUCUUGCCUACAGGUUUCCAAUUCUCAGUGUAUGGUAGUCAAGAACAAACUCAAAGGAAGAUUCUGGAUGUUGAUCUUGUGAAAGUAAUGUCCUUGCUCAAAGCAAAAGCCUAGUACUUAAUUUGUACCCACCAGAUAGCUAUUGUCUGCAUAUUUGGACUUACAUACCUCCAAGAAAGAAAAUUUCACUUCAAAGUCACAAAACAUAGCCCUUAAUUAUCAGCUAUCAAACACAAAGGGGUUUAAACAAGAUCCUCAUCAAAUCAGUGACUUUGGCAAAGGAAAGGCCAAAGUUAGUGAAUCCGACUGUAAGUUCCCAGAGAGCAGAAGCUCAGCAGCUCCGGGUUUCUCAGCCCACACUGCUAGGACCGGGCUGGUAGCCUCCUCUCACCCAUCCUCUUUCCAUGUGAGGAGUAUCCCUUCAUCUCUGUCCCGUAGGUUUCCCUGUACACGUGGGUGGUGAAGUCAAAAGCCAGCAGCAGCGGCAAGAGGUUUCAGCAUCCACCAGGGUGCAGGAGGUGUAGGCAGGGGAAUGCCUGGGACUCGGCUGCAGGGAAAGGCUGGCGGGGGAGUGGCAGGGCGUGCGACUCGGAUCCCAGUAGUCAAUGAGGAGACAGUGCGAGGGUGGGGGUAGGGAUGGCAGCAUCACCAGGAGAAACCCGGACUGAAUGCCACGCGGUGGGGCGUAGAGCCAGGCAGGUGCGGCAGGAGCAUGCGCGUGCGCGGUGGGGGCGUUUCCCGCGCCCGGGGCCGGUGCACCUCACCCGCGGCAGCUGCUGCGGGACACUGGGGAACUUAUAAAGUGUAGCCAAGAGCCUGAGAACUGAGCUGGACCUCCAUUCUUUAUGUUUUGAGAUAUGGAGGGGAUCUAGAAUCUGACAGUGGCCUUACCUCAAAGUGCUUUAUCUGGGAACAGUCUGCCUUUCGACAAGUCACUUCCAGAACAUUCUAAGGAACUGGCACAUGCCGUUGCACCCAGGCAGAGAGUGAGAUAAGAACGCGCUGGAGACUGUCUUGUAUUCAGCCUUCAAGAAACUUUUGCAAGAUUGUCUCAUUUAGUAGGAAAAGCCACAUGCACAAACUAGCAGUCUUCCCCGGGACCAGAGGAGAGAGCAGAACUGAUGCUGUGUGCUCUCACCCACCAGAGUGCCGCAAGCCAGUUCCCAGCUCCAGCUACCAGUUUCCAGGAAGAACACGCUGUCUGAGCAGGGAGGACUUGGGGAGAGAGUUUCUUCAGAAUCCACUUAAGUUUAAGAUGGUGUCUGGAGGCCUGUGAACCUCCACUUGGCCUUCACAGUGACUGCUUCUAGAAAACGCAGCCAGGGAGCUCUGAAGUGGAGAUGAGACAACCUAACCGGAAGAGGAAGCUCAGCCUAGAGUCUACAGAGCGCAUGAAUCAGGACAGAUGCACGGGGCAAACUGAGGAAGAAAAGAAGCCGGGAGAGGUGACCACACCUUCAAAGCGAGAAUCUUCUGUGACUACAGCGGAAACCUGGUCCUGGGAGCAGUACCUGAGAGAAGGGAACGCUGUAGCUGCACCAGUAGAACUGUUUUCCAAGGACCAAUCCUUUCCGGAGCAUGAAAAUGGCUUUCAGGUUGGAAUGAGGUUGGAAGGCAUUGAUGCCCGACGUCCAUCUGUGUUCUGUGUGCUUUCUGUAGCAGAGGUGUGUGGCUACCGGCUGAGACUGCAUUUUGAUGGUUAUUUAAGCUGCUAUGAUUUUUGGACCAAUGCUGGUUCCCCGGACAUUCACCCAGUGGGAUGGUGUCAAAAGACCAAGCAUGAACUGCAUAUCCCUCGGGAUUAUAGAAAAGAUAAAUUUGUUUGGAUGGAUUACUUGAAGGCCUGUAGAUUGCAAAAUGCUCCUAAGAAAUUAUUCAGAAACAGAAGUUCUAAUGGUCCAGUGCCAAGGGAGUUUCAAGUUGGGAUGAAGCUGGAGGCUGUGGACAGGAGGAACCCUUGCUUGAUGUGUGUGGCAACCAUUGCAGACAUUGUGGAAGACCGAGUCCGGGUGCAUUUUGACAGCUUGGAUGACAGCUUUGAUUACUGGUGUGAUGUUAACAGCCCUUACAUCCAGCCGGUUGGUUGGUGUCAGGAGAACGGAAGAACUCUGGUCGCUCCCCAAGGUUAUCCUCAUCCAGAUAAGUUUUCCUGGACAGACUACCUGCGAGCUUCUCAAUCGAAGGCAGUGCCCGCCAAGGCCUUUGGCAUGAGGACUCCACAUGGUUUUUUGCCAAACAUGAAGUUGGAAGCUGUGGACAAAAGGAACCCCCAGUUGAUUCGUGUUGCUACCAUUGCCGAUGUUGAUGACUACAGAGUAAAGAUUCAUUUCGAUGGCUGGGACCAUAAGUACGACUAUUGGGUGGAUGCCGACAGCCAGGACAUCCACCCCAUCGGGUGGUGCGAUGUGACAGGGCAUCCGCUGGAAGUGCCAUAUGGGUCAAAGCAUGUGAAAAUCCUUCCAGGUCAACCUGCAUGUCCUACUCCUGGGUGCCGAGGCAUAGGUCAUAUCCGUGGCCCACGUUAUGCAGGACACCACAGUGCUUUUGGGUGCCCGUACUCAGAUGUGAACUUGAAAAGAGAGGCAGCCCUUCAGGAUCGCCUGAGAGAACAAACACAGGCAAAUUUGGAACUUGAUCCUUCACAUUCCAAAUCAGAAAACCCCUGUAAUUUGAAUGUCAACGGAAAAUGUGAAAAUGCAAACAGUCAGUGCAGACUUGUACAGCAGGCAAAGUGUUUGAAAAUCAAAGGAAAAGAAGAUAUUGACUUGGAUAAUCUCUUCAGAGAGUACUCAGCUGCACAGGUGCAGCAGAUGCUUCACCAGCCGCUCUCCAUGACAUCCACGUCUGCCCACCCUUUCCGAGACAUCCCCCUCAGCAGGGAGCAGCACUGCAAGCUGCUUCCAGGUGUGGCUGACAUCCAAGCCAGUCAAGUGGCCAGAUGGACAGUGGAUGAGGUGGCUGAGUUUGUGCAGUCUCUUCUGGGCUGUGAAGAACACGCCAAGUGCUUCAAGAAGGAGCAGAUAGAUGGCAAAGCCUUCCUGCUUCUGACCCAGGCAGAUAUUGUCAAAGUGAUGAGAAUCAAGCUGGGCCCAGCACUGAAGAUCUACAACUCUAUCCUGAUGUUCAGGAACUCCCAGGAUGUCACUGAAGAUGCCUCUAGCCAAGAAGACAAGAGAUAAAUGUGUUUUUGGUCAUCCACUGAUACCAGGACUUGCACGUUUGAGGACAUGGUUGGCAGCCAUCCAUUUGAAUUUAAUGUCCCCAUUAGUGUACCAAUAUUUAAUCAGGACCCUUUAAAGAGUCUGGUUUAGGCAUAUGGUGGACUUUGAUAAAUGACCAAGUGCCAAUGACUUAGAUGCUUAGUUUGGUCCAGGUGUGGGUUUAGGUGGCAUCCUUACGGCUUGGUGUGCUUCAGUCAACAGAUUUACGAAGCCACUGUACGCAUCUCUACACUCCCCUCUAAAAGAAAACACUUCCCAUUCCGCAAGUGUGUCUCAAGUGGUAAAAUGCCAGAAAAUCAAUUCACUAGUGCAUUGUUAACACGUUCACCAGAACUACUGAGCACAGCUUGCAUCUGUUGUCUGGGUGCCUUGAGUGGAAGAGCUGGGGUGCUGGUGCUCUUGAGAAGACUCAUGAGAUUUCUGGACCCUUAACUCAGGAAAGUAUGAAUCUUUUUCAAAUGCUAACAAGCACAUUGUUUUCAUGCUCCACAAAUCCUCAUUUUUAUUCCUUACCAUGCCUUGGUUGCAGUUCCAAGGUACCCUGGAGCCUACUGCAAGGAGUGUGCCUAGAAGUAACAGAGGAGUGAGUGUUUGGAGGCCAUCCCAGGAACCUGCUGGGACACUCCUGAUGACCCACAGUCAGGGCACUUGUUCUAACAGUGGCAUUGGUCAAAGACCUACCUGCCUGAAAUUCCUCCAGCUCCCACCCUGACGAACCUUCAAAUGGACUCUCCCCUUAUCUAUUGAUUUUUUUUUUUUUUAAGCAAUCAGGUCUGGUUUCACCUCUACAGAGGCAUGGCAGCAGGACAGAAGACCUCCAGAGAGCAGCUCAGGAUCUGUUGAGUGUGUCUGACAUUCAAGUUGUGGGAAGGCCACUUCAGAGUUGCAAAUGAUUAGAACUCCAAGUCUACAACUCUUUAUCCUUUUAUCUUUUUUCUUUUUUUCUGAUCUUUUUUGGUUUUUUAUUGGAUUUUUUCUUUAUUUAUAUUUCACAUGUUUUCCCCUUUCCAGGUCUCCCCUUCAGAAACCCCCUAUCUAAUCCCUGCUUCCUCUGCCUCUGUGAGGGUGCUCCUCCAUGCAUCCACUCCCACCUUCCUGCCCUGGCACUCCUUUACACUGAGGCAUUGAAAACUCUCAGGACCAAGGGCCUCUCCUCCCACUGAUGUACAACAAGGCCAUCCUCUGCCACAUAUGUGGCCAGAGCCUCCAUGUGUAUUCUUUGGUGAUCCAGUCCCUAGGAACUCCGACGGGCGGGGGAGUCUGUCCUGUUGACACUGUUGCUCCCUCCAUGGGGCUGCAAACCCCCUCAGGUCCUUCAUUCCCUUCUCCAACUCCUUCAUCGGGGACUUGCACACUUAGUCCAAUGGUUGGCUACAAGUAUCUGCCUUGGUAUUUGUCAGGCUCUGGCAGAGCCUCUCAGGAGACAGCCUUAUCGGGCUUAUCAGCAAGCACUUCCCAGCAUCCAAAAUAGCAUCCAGGUUUAGUGGCUGUAAAUGGGAUGGAUCCCCAGGUAUGGUCUCUUUGUCCUUUUCCAUGUAGUAGCAAUGAAAGCUAUCCUCCUGAAAACAAAGAGUCAUCUGACUCAUCCAUCGGGUGUGGGAACCCAAAUGGAAGCCACAAGAAAGAAGCAGACGUGACAGUAUCUCCCUGCUACAUUAAGAAUGUUCUUAACUUAACAAAGGAUCAUAGUUUCUACUGUCUGUGAUGUUUUGUUUAUUGGAGGUUUUUUUUUUUCUUGUAGAGUUCUAUAUGGAAUAAAGAAUUGCUGCUUCUACCGUUAAAGUGAGAACAUAUUUUAAAUGUUAAUAAAAUGUGAAAGUAGACUCACCCUGGAUGUGUGGUCAUAGCCUGUGCCUUCCUACAGUCUAGGGUCAGCUAUGGAAGAACAAAGGCAACUGCAUGCAUUAUCCAGCAGAGAAAUUUGCUGUUUCUGACUGCUGUGUUCCUUAGUGCAGGUUCUCUUAUGGAAACAGUUAAGAUGGUAAUAGUGUGAGAGACUGAAUUGUAAAGUUUUUAACUAAUACAAGCUUUAGAAUUGCUCAUUUUAUAUAUUAAAAAAAAAAAAAAACCUUAAGGAAGACCUACGAUUUGUGUCUCCUAUUCUUACUAUCAGAUAUUCUGACAGUAGUGCCCAGCACAGACUAACUGUCACUGAGGACAAUUGGGGUUGAACUCUUUUUCCUAGAAGACGUCUAUCAAGUAUAGAUAGAUUUAUAUCCAUUUAUAUUCCCAAUCUUAGCAUAUCACAAAAGGAAACUCAGAACUCUUCACCCAAGGAAACAAUACCAUCAUUAAAGUUGUCAACCAAGCCAUGAACUGAAAGUCACCCAAGUUGGUCUAUUCCUGUGGUGUAAAUUCUCCUACCCCCACAACAUCCCUGGAGUAGAAAGAGGUGAACACAGCCAGUACUCACACCCUGCUCCCUGCAGGGGAGCAUCCUACAGGUGCUCUAUAAUCCAGCCCUGCUUGCCCCUCCUAUCUUCUCUUUGAUGUCUCAGGCUAGAUUUAAACUGGUUCUUAACCUUCCACCCAAUGAACAAUCUUUCCCAUUAAUUCAGUUGCUUUUUUUUGUCGUUGUUGUUGUUGUUCCAUAUCAUCUUAAGAAAUUCUUCUUUUGUUGCUGUAACUCCUAGAGGUAACUGACAAAUAUUACUUUGCAUGUGAAAUGUUCCUGUGAAUAUAUUCUUAUUAUUUCAGAAUGUGUUCUCCACGAAUAUACAUUUAUAAAUCUAUUUCCUCUUAAAAUCGCCUUUCUUAUAAAUAUAUGCACGAAGAACCUGUUUGCUAAUAGAUCCUUGAAUAUUCAGAAUCCUCAUAAAUGUGUUCUUCCUAUGAUUUAUUAAUGAAUAAUAUAUUGAGAAGACUUUUUUCAAGGAUGUAUUCUGGCUAUGCUCCCUCAGAUUUCAACUGUCUUACUCUGUCAGUUUCCAAUUGUUGUAGAAAAUUGGGACUGCUUAACCACUUAAAGUGAUGAAGUGAAAACCAAGUAAGCAAUUUUCUAUUCAAACAUAAGAUUUAAACAAAUAAAUUCGGUGGCUGAAUCAUCCGAUGAGUUGAUGAUCAGCAAUUACAUCUUUCAGUAAAAUCAUCUCCCUCCAAAGGUCUUCCACUGAGCAUUCUUUUCAGGAGCAUGAGGGAGGCUGAACCCAGUGAGCAGUCAGAUAGAAUCCUGCUGUCAGAGAUGCUCACCACAGGAAGGAUGCUCAGGAACCCCAGGGGACAUCUGAACAGCUAUGAAAACUCAGCUCAUAAAGGAUGAGAGCAGAGGACUGUGCAUAUGGUCAUUGGGCACCAUUCUUCUCUUGGGGACCAAGAUGCACUGGGGGGACAGUACUACUGUGUCUCUGCCAUAAAUGAAAGGGCAGGGGACAGGAUGUGGGGUAAACUAUGGGGUAGAACAGCCAUUGAAAUAAGAACAGAAUGCAGAAAGUGUGGGAAAUUACGGGUUGAGACACCGAGUUGACUUCCUUUUCUCCAGACGGUUCCAUUGCACAAGCUCAGACUAGCUGUUCUGUGCUGUUUUGCUGUCAAGGCACCACCCAUCACUUGCCCACUUCCUUAGUCUUGAAAUUAGACUGUGUUCCCUUUGAUGUAGAAAGCUAGGCAUCAAAGCAAAUCGAUUCACGAAGAACAGAAAUCCCAGGUUAAAACCAGGAAGUUUCAGGGCAGAUUGAACUGAAUUCUCUGCGCCGUGGCCAAAAGCAAAUGUACAGAACACACAUGGAGCCUAUCUGGAAUACAGGAGCCUCUUUAUCUUGUGCAACUCUGGGGUCUGUGAGGUCUUUCCAUAGAGAGAAAUCAUCAAGAGCUGUCGGCUAACAUUAGCUCAGUGUCAUAUGCUUAAAGUCUAGAAAUAAAAGAUGUAUUUUCCAGGCCCUUAUCUGUCUCCGCCAGAAGAACACAGACUGGAUAAUUCAGAAACCAGGGAUAUUUCUUUCCCAGUUUCCAAGAGUGAGGCAUCUGACAGUGUUCCCCUCACAGGCACAUGGCAAGAGUCAUCCCAUGGCUGAAGACAGAUGGACAAAAAAGCAAAAGGGUAUCAGGAGCCAUGUUCAGUUUUGUAACAGAUGCACCCAGGAUGAUGGCAUUUGGUCAUGAGUGAGGUGGUGGCUCCACACUUUAAGUGACUAAGUCACAACAAGCAGGUCUGACCUCCACCUGCAGUGCUGUUCCUGGUGACUGACUUAAUCACCUCUCCCUAGGCUCCACCUGCAGUGCUUACCAUGUGUUGAAGGAUCCAACACAUGAACUUCAAAGUUCCCUUAGGGAAUGUGACCAGGCAAUGUCACUCAAUGAAAUCCACGAAAGGUAGUAUUUGAGCCACAGGUCACCUGUCACCACACACCUAGGUGUUGGCAUGAUCUCCUCUAAAUCUGUGUUCAUUCUCUAUACCCUUGCCAACCAUGGAGAUGUUCUCAUACCCUCUGCCCUAGGAAGACCCUCUGCAUAGAAGUCCAUAGCACUAACUGCUUAGCUAAAGAUAGCAGAUAUUAUUUUAAGUACCAUCUUGACUUCAGUCAAUUAAGUAACCAACUAACUUGAACUUCUUAGACUUUUAUCCCCUCGGGUUAAAAGUGGCAAUUAGCAAGAAGAAAUCAGACAUGUUCCCAAUGUGAUUAACUGAUAUUGUCACCAGGCAGGUAAUUUUAAAUACUUCCAUUCUUUAAAUACAGAUUCAAUAAUUUUAGCUCAUUGCUGUUCUAAUAUUUAUUAUGCAUGUGGGACAAUUUUACAGAGCAGUAUAUUUUCACAUAGUUAGGCUUGGUAAUCCUUGAAAGAUUAUCCAACAGAUAUUUGAUUCUUAGAGCCCUGGGGAGGGUGGGUAAAAAUAAGAAGUGAUUGGAAAUUGCAUAGAGUGCUAAGCUAAAAAACAAUGAGCACAUUGGUGAGCUGUGUUUAUGAGAGAUGGGGGCCUUGGCCUGUUCUAGAAGUGACAAUGCAUAUCCUCUCCAGCGUGAGCCUUACACUGCUGCUGUUCAGAAAGUCACCCAGGGCACAGUUCCCCAGGGAGUCAUUUAGCUGUAUGUUGACUUCAAAACUGAAUACCCUUAGGGCAUGUAUAGUUUUUUACAAGAGCAAUUUAUUUAUAUUUGGUUAAUUCUAUCACUCUAGGCAAGUUCUCUUUAGCUGGCCAGUCUGUAAGCUACAGCAUUUUGUCCACAUCAGAGCUGAUAAAUGUGUCUCUUCAUCAGUUCCGGGGAGAAAGGUCUAUUUCCCCGUGUCUAGUUAGUUGUCUGAAGCUUGAAAAGUCAUCUAGAACUUGUGACCACUCUUAGCAGACUCAGGAUGACAGAAAGCUAUUCCACAGUUCAGCCUGGGUUAUAAGCCAGAACAGCUAGACAAUUGGAAUGUCUGCCCUCAGAGGAAGGAAACAAUAUAAGAAACAAAGAACCCACGGGUGGAAGAAUCUAGGCUCCAAAGUAUAUACUUCAAUUUUUACAGUUUUAAGGUACUGAAUUGUUUGACAAAUUCAUUUAAUUCUCAUUGUCUAUUGUUCCAAACACAAUAAAUUGCUAUGUGCACCCCCUGGAGCAAUUCUGUAGCUUUCUCAAAAUUUCAUGGGGAUCCAGAUAUCAAUUAAUAGACAAAUAGAGAAGACUUAGCUACUUGGGUCAUGUGAUCACAUUCGUCUUUAUAAAAUCAUCUUCAACAAGUCCCUAGUAAAACAAUUACAAAAUUUCCAGCAGAGAUGUGUGCAAGGCGGGGCCUCGGGAGGGAAGAGUUGAUCUAAAUCCCCUCCCCCACUGCAAAUGCUAACAUAAUAUGUGCAUACAGAGUUAAAAGAAUUUUAUGUUUUACAGUUGGCUAUGUAGAUGAGAUACUUGAUAUAUAAUUUCUAAAAAUUAAGGGGGAAGUAAAUUGUUUGCUGAUUCAACCCAGUUUUUUCCACUCUUGCUUGGUAUGAAACAUAUUGGCUCUUUCUGGUACCAUAAAAUCAUUUUAAACACAGAGGGGGAUAUUUGAUAUAUGUUCUCAUUUUGUAACCCAUAUGGCCUCAAAUUUAUAACCUUCAUUCUCCAAUGUCCCUAGUAUUGGAAUUAAAGGCAUGCACUCCUAUCUGUGUGUAUAUUUUAA